AGGAAGUUUGGGGACCUGGGUCAGCUGGGUUGGUAGUUCAGAGCCCACUGUGUGGUGUGAAGAUAUGGAUCAUGAGCACAACCAGGGAGUUGGGCUGCUACGGCUGUUACAACUUCUGUGUCUGCUGCCCCAGUCCUGGGCCACCCCUGCAGCUCCUACUCCAGUGUGGCGGGAUGGCUUGCAAAAUCACACGUUCCUGCACACAGUGUACUGCCAGGACGGGAAUCCAAAACUGGGACUCUCUGAGGCCUAUGACGAGGACCAGCUUUUCUCCUAUGACUUUUCCCAGAGCAUCCGUGUGGCUCGCCUGCCUGAAUUUGCUGACUGGGCUAAGGAUCAGGGAGACGCCUCUGCCAUUUCUUUUGACAAAGAGUUGUGCCAGACAAUGAUAGAGAAUAUAGGCCCAAAACUUGAUGGAAAAAUCCCAGUGUCCAGAGGGUUUCCUGUUGCUGAGGUGUUCACGAUGAAGCCCCUGGAGUAUGGCAAGCCCAACACGCUUGUCUGUUUUGUCAGUAAUCUCUUCCCACCCACAUUGUCAGUGAGCUGGCAGCAUCAUUCAGUCCCUGUGGAAGGAGUUGGGCCCACUUUUGUCUCAGCUACAGAUGGACUGAGUUUCCAGGCCUUUUCUUAUUUAAACUUCACACCUGAACCCUUUGACCUUUUCUCCUGCAUUGUGACCCAUGAGAUUGAUCGCUACACUGCAAUUGCCUUUUGGGUGCCCCAGAAUGCUCUUCCCUCAGAUCUUCUAGAGAAUGUGCUGUGUGGCGUAGCCUUUGGCCUGGGUGUGUUGGGCAUCAUUGUGGGCACUGUCCUUAUCAUCUACUUCCGAAAGCCUUGCUCAGGUGACUGA